AUGACCAUAGGCUCAAAAGCAUGUCAAUCCCACAAAUUAAAUAUCAAAAAAGACUCUGAUAGGGCUCGACAUGCCAAUAAUGGAGUAAUAUGUAGCCAUAAAAAUGGUGUUAUGGACCAUUUUGAUAUUGAUCUUGGUUUGCGAAUUGAUGAUUCCUUUGUGGAGGAUUCUAUGAAUGCAAAUGAAGCAGAAGAAACAUCUAAUUCCCAUCACUUGGAAUUUUCAUAUUCGAUUGUCCUUGAAGCUGCUGGCAACAAUCCUUUUCUGUUUGAUGCAGAAGACCAUGGUCGUGUGCUUAACUUGGUCUUUGAUGAUCAAUGUGACGCCGAAUAUUAUAGAAAUGCCAAAGUCAACUUGACUGAAUUGAUGAGUAGUGAGGCUAACAACCUCGACAAGAUUUCAAAUGUAGGACAUGAAACUCAAUACAUGGUGAAAUGUGAAACCCCAUUCGAUGGUUUAAUCUCCGAUAUUGAAGAAUCUCGAUUUGAUUUGACACUCGGAUAUUUUGUCUACUCUACCAAUAAAUGGCAACCAUAUGCCAAGGAGUAUCAACAGGUUAAAUCAUUUCCUAAUGAAAUUUGUCUUUCUCAAAGAGAUUCAGGAGAUGAUUUUAGGCCAGAGAGUAUGACUUUAGUUCUUAUAGAUAAUGACAAGGAGGCUAUCCGAGUUAGAAACAAUGACAAGGUGGUGAUUGCUGCUACCAUGUUUCAACCAGAUCCUCAUAUUAAGGACUACAUUUUGGCAAACUCUUAUGGUAAAAUUGUUGAUGUAAUAUGUGAGGAUUCAAAUGCUCAACGUCAUAAUGCUUCAGUUGGAGGGAGUGAAGAUGCCAUAGCCAGUUAUGCCAACAGUAUAUAG